AUGGGAAGUGUCACAGUUCGAUAUUUCUGUUAUGGAUGCCUUUUUACAUCUGCAGCCUGGACGCUUUUGCUUUUUAUUUAUUUCAACUUCAGUGAAGUGACUCAGCCACUUAAGAAUGUGCCCAUCAAGGGGUCUGGGCCCCACGGACCAUUCCCCAAAAAAUUUUAUCCCCGUUUCACUAGAGGCCCAAGUCAAGUAUUAGAAUCACAAUUCAAAGCAAACAAAAUUGAUGAUGUGAUAGAUAAUCACGUUGAAGAUCCAAAAAGAGGCAGUGUGAAAUUCUCUUCUGAAUUGGGUAUGAUUUUUAAUGAACGUGAUCAGGAGUUGAGAGACUUGGGGUAUCAGAAACAUGCCUUCAAUAUGCUUAUUAGUAACCGCUUGGGCUACCACAGAGAUGUGCCAGAUACGAGGAAUGCAGCAUGUAAAGACAAGUCUUACCCGGCGGAUCUGCCCGUUGCUAGUGUUGUUAUUUGUUUCUACAAUGAAGCUUUGUCUGCCUUGCUGCGCACGGUGCACAGUGUCCUGGACCGCACGCCCGCCCGGCUUCUUCAUGAAGUCAUCCUCGUGGACGACGACAGUGACUUCGAUGAUUUGAAAGGAGAACUAGAUGAAUACAUCCAAAAAUACCUCCCUGGAAAAAUCAAAGUGAUAAGAAAUCCAAAGCGCGAGGGCUUGAUUCGAGGAAGAAUGAUUGGAGCGGCCCACGCCACAGGAGAAGUCCUGGUGUUCCUGGACAGCCACUGCGAGGUGAACGUGCUGUGGCUGCAGCCCUUGCUGGCCACCAUCCAGGAGGACCGGCGGACGGUGGUGUGCCCGGUGAUCGACAUCAUCAGCGCCGACACCCUGGCCUACAGCUCGUCCCCUGUGGUGCGGGGGGGCUUCAACUGGGGGCUGCACUUCAAGUGGGACCUCGUCCCACUCUCUGAGCUCGGGGGACCGGAGGGAGCUACUGCACCAAUAAAGUCACCUACAAUGGCUGGAGGAUUGUUUGCCAUGAACAGAAACUAUUUCAAUGAACUUGGACAGUAUGACAGUGGCAUGGAUAUAUGGGGAGGAGAAAAUUUAGAAAUAUCUUUUCGGAUCUGGAUGUGUGGAGGUAAGCUGUUCAUCAUCCCUUGCUCUAGAGUUGGACACAUUUUCCGGAAAAGGCGGCCGUAUGGGUCCCCCGAGGGCCAGGACACUAUGACGCACAACUCCCUGCGGCUGGCACACGUGUGGCUGGACGAAUACAAGGAGCAGUAUUUUUCUUUAAGACCUGAUCUGAGAACCAGAAAUUAUGGAAACAUCAGUGAGCGUGUUGAAUUGAGAAAGAAGUUGGAUUGUAAAUCAUUUAAAUGGUAUUUGGAUAACAUUUACCCGGAGAUGCAGAUAUCUGGGCCCAAUGUCAAACCCCAGCAACCCAUUUUUAUCAACAGAGGGCCAAAGCGCCCCAAAGUCCUUCAGCGCGGAAGGCUCUAUCACCUUCAGACCAACAAGUGUCUGGUGGCCCAGGGCCGCCCGAGUGAGAAGGGAGGCCUCGUAGUGCUGAGGGCAUGUGACUACAGUGACCCAAACCAGGUUUGGAUUUACAAUGAAGAACAUGAGUUGGUCUUAAAUAAUCUCCUUUGCCUGGAUAUGUCAGAAACUCGCUCAUCUGACCCCCCGAGACUCAUGAAGUGCCAUGGGUCCGGAGGAUCCCAGCAGUGGACCUUUGGGAGGAAUAACCGGCUGUACCAGGUGUCAGCGGGCCAGUGCCUCAGAGCAGUCGAUCCACUGAGUCGCAAAGGCUCUGUUGCCAUGGCGAUCUGUGACGGCUCCUCCUCACAGCAGUGGCAUUUGGAAUCUUAA